GGGAAUGCCAUAAAGCCGGCAGGGGGAAGCCGCGGCUGAGCGGCGCUCCAGGGGCGGAGCCGGAGCGGCAGCGGCAGCCGUGAGGGACAGGCCUCCCCCCUUUUAUUUUUAGCGUAGGCAGUUUAAACCCAAACCCGCCCUGCGGAGUCUGCAAAGCGCGGCGAGGAGCAGGGAGGGGAGCCUGUGUCCGAGCUAAACUUUGAGCCGGUCACGAGACUGUCUGGCGUCGGAGGAGGAGGGGUCGGGUUCCUCGCCUGAGUCGCCCCGGGAGCCAGCCGCACGGAGCCCCGCCUGCAGAGGACAGAUGCAUUCUCUUUAAGAGCAACAGAACUAGAAAGAGCAAAAUGACAACUGUGAGAUAUGAACAAGGGUCAGAACUGCCAGAAGCUGAUGGCUUUCAAAAGACAGGGGAGCCAAGCAUAAAGAUUGAUGAUGGCUGCAUUGAGGAUAAUGAACCAGACACUUGCUCCCGUACUAUUAAGAAAAAGAUUUCUCCAUUUGUGAUGUCAUUUGGAUUCAGGGUAUUUGGUGUUGUACUCAUCUUUGUGGACAUUGCUCUUGUGAUUGUGGACCUAGCUAUUAGUGACAAGGAAAAGGGCAUCAGAGAGAUCCUGGAAGGCGUUUCCUUGGCAAUAGCGCUCUUCUUUCUCGUGGAUGUUCUCCUGCGAGUGUUUGUUGAGGGCUUCAGCAAUUAUUUCAAGUCCAAACUGAACAUUUUAGAUGCAGUGAUUGUCGUGGGCACCCUGUUGAUUAAUAUGGUGUAUUCUUUCUCUGACUUCAGUGGUGUAGACAAGAUCCCAAGCAGGCCCAACAUAAGUUCAUUAUCUGCAGUUCUGACCUUCGGGAGCUGUGACCUGUGGUAUAUACAGAGUGACCAUGCAGCCUUUUCUAAAACCAGAAUGGUUAUUGUCCUUCGAGCUUUGAGAAUUAUCAUUCUGAUAAGAAUAUUUCGCCUGGCCUCACAAAAGAAACAACUAGAAAAGGUGACCAGGAGGAUGGUCUCAGAAAACAAAAGGCGCUAUACAAAAGAUGGCUUUGACCUGGACCUUACUUACAUUACUGAGCGUAUUAUUGCAAUGUCAUUUCCAUCAUCUGGGAAGCAGUCUUUCUAUAGGAAUCCUAUAAAGGAAGUUGCAAGAUUCUUGGAUACAAAACAUAAAGACCACUAUACAAUCUAUAACCUUUGCAGUGAAAAAGGUUAUGACCCUGUGUACUUCCAUUACAGGGUAGAGAGAGUCUUUAUUGAUGACCACAAUGUCCCCAGCCUAGAGGACAUGCUGAAAUUUACUGCCAAUGUGCGUGCAUGGAUGAAACAGGAUGAAAAGAACAUCAUAGCAAUUCACUGUAAAGGAGGCAAGGGUAGGACUGGAACAAUGGUUUGCACUUGGCUCAUUGACAGUGACCAGUUUGAGAGUGCAAAGGAGAGCUUGGACUAUUUUGGAGAGAGGCGAACUGAUAAAAGUACAAGUUCCAAAUUUCAAGGAGUUGAAACACCAUCCCAGAGUAGGUAUGUUGGGUAUUAUGAGAUCCUGAAGAAUAAGUAUAACUUGAAACUCCCACCAGAGAGACGACUCAAAAUAAAGAACAUCAAAAUCUACUCUAUUAAUGGAGUUGGAAAAGGCAAUGGAAGUGAUCUUAAAGUACAGAUAAUUAUGAAAAGGAAAGUUGUAUUCCAUUGUGUUUGUGCCACUCAAGAAAACUGUAGGUUAUUUUUUGAUGCUGAAAAUGACUUUGCAGUAAUUGGCUUGGAAGACUGUCCUGUAUUAAGCGGUGAUGUGAAAGUCAGAUUUGAAUCACAAACUGAUCUUCCAAAAGGCUAUGACGAUUGCCCAUUCUUCUUCUGGUUCAACACCUCUUUUAUAGAAAAUAACAGGCUUUACCUUCCUAGAAAUGAGUUGGAUAAUCCUCAUAAAACAAAAAUGUGGAAAAUCUACAGGGAGAAGUUUGCUGUGGAGUUGAACUUUGUAGAAUCAUAAUGAGAAGUCAGCAUUUGUUUAAAAAGAAUUGAUGUUCUUUUCCCUCAAAGAAUCAUGUUUGGUCUUCACCAAUAUAGUGGCAUUUUCUGAGUCUCCUUCAUGUAAUUCUUGGUGUAUUUGUAUGGAGAUACAGUAUCUCAAAAUUAAAUGUUGAAACAAGGAAAAAA